AAAUAACAAAAUUGAGAAAAUUCAUUUGUAGUAAUUUUUUUUUUUUUUGAAAGGUGCAAUUAAAUGUUUUAUAAUCUUCUUGCCAUCUUUGCUAGACUAACUCGGUAAUUGCUGCAUUUUUUUACUAUACCAAAAAUACAAAUCCUGGUUAGAAAAGAUUCCUUCUAAGUGUGCAUUAAAAUUCGUAAAAUAGAAAAUCAAACUAUUUCAACCAUUUACAUCUCCAUAGUAGAAGAAAUUGAAAUAAAAAUGGGAGAAGAGCUAAAGAAGAACCUUUUGCAGCAUCAAAACAUUUUAGAGGAUGAAGAAGAGCCACUAAACAAAAGGGUAUGGAAAGAAAGCAAGAAGAUGUGGAUAGUAGCAGGUCCUGCCAUAUUCAAUAGGUUUUCAACUUUUGGUAUCCAAGUUGUUGCUCAAUCUUUCAUUGGUCAUAUUGGUUCAACUGAAUUAGCUGCCUAUGCCCUUGUUAUGACUGUCCUAGUUAGAUUUGCAAAUGGAAUUCUGUUGGGCAUGGCAAGUGCAUUGGAAACUCUAUGUGGACAAGCGUAUGGAGCAAAAAAAUAUGAAAUGAUGGGAGUGUAUCUUCAAAGAUCAUGGAUAGUUUUAUUCAUAACCUCAAUUUUUCUUCUUCCAAUAUACAUUUUUACCACCCCAAUUUUAGAGGCACUUGGCCAAGAUAAAAUUAUUGCACAAGUUGCAGGAAGCAUUUCAAUAUGGGCAAUAGGUAUCAUAUUUUCUUUUGCAGUCUCAUUCACUUGUCAAAUGUUCCUACAAGCACAAAGCAAGAACAAGAUUAUUGCUUACCUUGCAGCUUUUUCAAUUUCAAUUCAUGUUUUUUUGUCAUGGCUUUUAACUGUUAAGUUCAAGUUUGGACUUAAUGGUGCAAUGACAUCAAUCCUUUUGGCUUAUUGGAUACCAAAUUUGGGCCAACUUGUUUUUAUCAUGACAAAAUGUCCUGAGACAUGGAAGGGUUUCUCAUUUUUGGCUUUUAAGGAUCUUUGGCCUGUUAUCAAGCUUUCUUUGUCUUCUGGAGUUAUGUUAUGUCUUGAAAUAUGGUACAACACAGUUUUGAUUCUACUAACAGGGAACAUGAAAAAUGCUGAGAUUGCCAUUGAUGCUCUCGCCAUAUGCCUCAACAUCAAUGGAUGGGAAAUGAUGAUAUCUCUUGGUUUCUUUGCUGGAGCUAGUGUUAGGGUGUCAAAUGAACUUGGAAGAGGGAGUUCAAAGGCAGCAAAAUUUUCCAUUGUGAUAACAGUGCUCACAUCAUUUUCCAUUGGAUUUGUGCUAUUCUUGAUCUUUCUAUUCCUAAGGGAAAAACUUGCAUACAUUUUCACCCCAAAUCCAGAUGUGGCUAAUGCAGUUGGUGAUCUAUCACCUUUGUUGUCAAUCUCCAUACUGUUGAAUAGUGUCCAACCUGUGCUCUCUGGAGUUGCUGUUGGAGCUGGUUGGCAGAGCAUUGUAGCAUAUGUAAACAUAGGCUCCUAUUACCUCAUUGGUAUUCCUUUUGGAGUGGUGCUUGGUAAUCUUCUCCAUUUGCAAGUUAAGGGAAUUUGGAUUGGAAUGUUGUUUGGAAUUUUUGUUCAAACCAUAAUGCUAAUCACAAUUGCAUUUAAAACUGACUGGGACAAGCAGGUUGAGAUUGCUCGAAAUCGUGUUAACAAAUGGGCUGUAGUGGAGAAUGAUGAAUCAAACAACACAUCAAGGAUAUCUAGUUAAAGAAUAUUAAGAUAUUUGUUUAGAAGAAAAAAUAGAACUCAAUAAAAAAAAGUCUAAUUAUAAGGAGAGAAAAUAUAUCAUAUUUUUCCUAUUAACUACUCCCUCACCCUAACAAAUUAGAUCAUCUCUAACAGUGCGUACUUAUUAUUUUUUUAAGUACUAGUAUCUAAUAGGUACUCCCAUUGGAACAAAACACAAAGAGUAUCUAAUAGGGACUGGUUCUACAAUAAAAAGUAGUACCUGCAAAAUAGGCGAAAUUUGGGUUACCCCUGUAAAUUUUUUUUUUUUUGGAUUACCCCAUCGCAAUGUGAAGAUUCCGUCAAUUACUCCUCUCGGUGCCACUUGGAUUUGGAAUCUUCAUCUUUACUGAUGUGGCAAACCUAAGUGGCACAUGACUGAACAAAAGUGAUUACAUGGCCUUUAAUUA